AUGAGUCUCCGCGACCUGGUCGAAGGCGAGGCCCUGAUGGACGAUGAGAACGACGAGGGCAUGGACGACUACGACGGCGAGGUUCGCGAGGGUGCCGGGACCGUCAAUCACUACAACGACUCCAGUGAUGAGGACGAUGAAGAUGAAGACGACGAGGAGGCCCAGCGCGCCGUUCGUGAGGGCUUCAUUGUUGACGAGGAUGAAGAAAUCGAGGAUCGCAAACGUCGUCGGCGCGGCGAGGGUACUAAGAAGCGGCGCGCCGACGAAGAGGAACACCUCGAUGAGGAGGAUCUGGAGCUGAUAGGUAUUACUGCUCCCGGUAACAGAGGAGCAGCCUCUGAGUCCAAGUUUAAGCGCCUGAAGCGAGGAAAGGACCGCGAGCAACAGCAAUCACCCCAAGGAAUCGAUGAUAUGUUCAAUUCAGACGACGAAGAGGAGGCUCAAGCUCCCGGAUAUAGCGGAUCCCGCCGUCGCGGCGCGUACGACGAGAUGGAAGGCUUCAUCGAGGAGGAUACCUUUUCCGACGAAGAGGGACAGCGCGAGCGAGACGAUCUGGAGGUUGCUCCUCCAGCCCGACCGAGCAUGCCUGGACUUGGUGCCACUGAAGCGGCAGGCCUGGACGAGAACGCAUUGGAAGAUAUGCGCGCCGCGUUCGGUGACGGCACAGAAUACAGAUUCGCACUCGAUAUCGAAGACCAAGAAGAUGAUGAAAAGGAGGAAGAGUCCAGACGCCUGGAUUUGAAGGAUGUCUUCGAACCGUCCGAGUUGGCCGAGAGGAUGUUAACUGAAGAGGACAACGAAAUCCGUCUGCUCGACGAGCCCGAGCGUCACCAGGUCGCUCGCAAGCCCUACAAACAUGUCAUACUGUCAGAGGACCAGUUCCGAGAAGAGGCCAUUUGGAUUUCCAAUUUGAUGUUGCUCAAGAAGCGCAUGGAGCCGGAGCUGCGCGAGCCAUUCCAGCGUUCGGUGGCCAAGAUGUUGGAAUUCCUCAUCACAGACGACUGGGAGGUUCCGUUUAUUUUCCAGCACCGCAAAGACUACAUGAUUCAUGCUGUUAAGGAGCCCGUCAAUGGAGCCGAUCCUGCCGAUGAGUCCGCUCAGUAUAGCAUUCGCGCCGAGAAGCUUUUGAACAUGACAGAUCUGUGGGAUAUCUUUGACUACGACCUGAAAUUCCGCGCAUUGGUCGACAAGCGCAACACGAUCCAGAAAGCCUACGACAACCUGCAGAACCUUUUCAGUGUCAAUGAUGCCAACGUGGAGGACCUCUUGGCCUCGGCCGCUACAAUGGAAGAACUCCAGGACGUACAAGAUUACAUCCAUUUCCAAUAUGCAUCGCAGCUGCGUGAUAUGGCAGCGGUCAAUGGUGAUGCAAAUGGGGAGCCGCAUCGUCGCAAGGCCACCAGCAAGACCUUCUUUGAACGGGUACGGAAUGGCAAGGCUUACGGCAUGGUGCGCGCAUUUGGUAUCACUGCCGACGCAUUUGCGCAGAAUGCCUCCAAGGAAGGUCGCCGGCAAUACACCGAGGACCCAGCGGAGGGCCCAGAGGAGCUAGCAGAUCAAUUCGUCGACACCGAUUUCUCCAACACAUCACACGUUUUGAAGGCUGCCAAAAGCAUGUUUUCCGAGGAGCUUGUUUUGAGCCCCAAAAUGCGAAAAGUCAUCCGGCAAGCUUAUUAUAUGAACGGAGUGGUCGACUGUUUCCGCACCGAAAAGGGCUUACGCCGAAUCGACGAGCAGCAUCCGUACUACGAGUUCAAGUACCUGCGGAACCAACAGCUCAUGGACAUUGCCCGACGCCCGGAGAUGUUUUUGCGAAUGCUCAAGGCUGAGGAGGAAGGAUUAAUGGAAGUCAAAGUCCGCUUCGAGAACUUCGAACAGUUCCGUCAGCGCCUUUACGCUGACAUCGAAUCCGACAACUACUCCGAGGUUGCUGAUGCGUGGAACCGUCUUCGUCGUGAAGUGCUCGACCUAGCCCUCGGCAAGCUAGAGCGGGUUAUCAACCGCAGCGUGAAGGAGAACAUACGACAGGAGUGUGAGAAUCACGUGGCUAAGGAGUGCCGUGAGGCCUUCUCCCAGCGCUUGGAUCAGGCCCCUUACAAGCCCAAGGGAAUGGUCCUGGGCACAGUGCCGCGGGUCAUCGCCUUGUCUUGCGGAACCGGUGUCGUGGGCAGAGACCCAAUUCACUGGGCCUACAUCGAAGAGGAUGGUCGCGUUCUCGAGAAUGGCAAGUUUAAGGACUUGUCAGUUGGUGACGAGAGCCGCGGAAUCUCGGAUGGCGCUGAUGUAGCUGCCUUUGUGGAUCUGGUGGACCGCCGUAAACCAGAUGUCAUUGGCGUCUCUGGUAUGACACCAGAGACCCGUCGUCUCUAUAAGUACCUGUCUGAGCUUAUCGACCUGAAGGACAUUCGUGGAGCCACUUACGCAGAUGACCGCGACGAAGAAGUCAGCGAUCGUUUGGAAGUGGUCAUUGUUAAUGACGAGGUUGCCCGACUUUAUCACAACAGCCCUCGCGCUCGUCAAGAUAACCCGGGCUUCGGUCCCUUGACCCACUACUGUGUGGCUUUGGGUCGAUACUUGCAGUCUCCGCUCAAGGAGUAUGCCUCGCUGGGCCGCGAUAUUAUCUCAAUCCAAUUCAAGCCCGGCCAGCAAUUGGUUUCUCAGGAGUUGCUGCUUAAGCAGCUGGAGACUGCUCUGGUUGACAUGGUCAACUUGGUGGGCGUCGACUUGAACGAAGCGGUUACCGACACUAUGAGCGCCAAUCUCUUGCCGUAUGUCUGCGGUCUUGGACCUCGAAAGGCUGCCCAUCUGCUCAAGAUCGUAAACAUGAACGGCGGAGUGGUGAACAAUCGUGUGGAGCUUCUGGGUGUUAACGCACAGUAUCCCGCUAUGGGUGUCAAGGUGUGGAACAACUGCGCCAGCUUCGUCUUCAUUGAUUUCGAGAACGCCGACCCAGAUGCCGACCCGCUGGACAACACUCGUGUACACCCUGAAGACUACGACAUUGCGCGCAAAAUGGCCGCCGAUGCCUUGGAGUUGGAUGAGGAAGAUAUCAAGGCCGAGACAGACGAGAACGGCUCGGGUGCAAUUGUGCGCAAAUUGUUCCGUGAGGAACAACAGGAUCGUGUCAACGAUCUGAUUCUCGAGGAGUACGCUGAGCAACUCGAGAAAAACCUCAACCAGCGGAAGCGUGCUACUUUGGAAACGAUCCGUGCAGAAUUGCAACAGCCAUACGAAGAACUGCGCAAGCAGUUCGUCUUCCUCAGCACCGAUGACAUCUUCACCAUGCUCACAGGUGAAACGCCAGAGUCCCUGACCAACGGCAUGGUGGUACCUAUUUCCAUCAAGCGUGUGUUCGAGGAUCAUAUCGACGCCAAACUAGACUGUGGAAUUGAUGCGCUAGUUUCGGAGACCGAGCUCGGUGUGCCUAUUGACACGCCUGUUCGUUCUUCCUUCUCAGUCCAUCAGACUGUUCCCGCCAAGAUCAUGUUUUUGAACCGCAAGAGCUUCACUUGCAAUGUUUCAUUACGCGAAGACCAAGUAUCUGAUCCUGUUCGCCGGACCCCCGAGCACGGCUUCAACGACUGGGACGAACUUCAGGAACGGAAGGAUCGGGAGUCGAUGCAAGAGAAGACGCAACGCGGUGGCCAGGCCCAGCGUGUCAUAAAGCACCCGCUCUUCCGGCCGUUCAACUCCACCCAAGCGGAGGAAUAUUUGGGCUCUCGCAGCCGCGGCGAUGUAGUCAUCCGUCCUUCCUCUCGUGGACCCGACCACCUUGCGGUUACUUGGAAGGUGGCGCACGGUGUCUAUCAGCAUAUCGACGUGCUCGAGUUGGACAAGGAGAACGAGUUCUCGGUUGGCCGUGUGCUCAAGGUCGGAGGCAGGUAUACUUACAGUGAUCUGGACGAUCUCAUCGUCAACCACGUCAAGGCGAUGGCCAAGAAGGUGGAGGAGAUGAUGGCGAACGAGAAGUAUCAAGACGGCAGCAAGACCGAGACUGAUCAAUGGCUCGAGACCUACACCAAGGCCAACCCCCGUCGCUCGGCCUAUGCGUUCUGCAUCAACCCCAAAUAUCCCGGCUACUUCUACCUUUGUUUCAAGGCCGGCGAACAUUCCAAACUCCAGAACUGGCCCGUCAAGGUGAUUCCGCAGGGCUUCGAGCUGCAAAAGAAUCCCUACCCGGACAUGCAGGCCCUGUGCAACGGGUUCAAGUUGAUGUUCACCAACAUGCAGGCCAGUCGGAGGUGA